CCAGCCCGCUAGUCCUCCACCCAGGUGGAAGCUGGUGUAUUUCCUCAAUUUAACCAAGGGAAGUGACAGAAUAAGCAGCAGAGAGGCUUUAUGUGAGACUCCCAGUGACGCUGGUUCUGCUGCACUUAUUUGAUGCUACAGUGUGAAACCAUCAUAUUUAGUGCAUCGUACAAAAGAAAAGACAUCAUGGCUGCCAGAGUCACUCUUCUCAUCUUCUGGUAUUGUCUCCUCCUAACAACAUCUGCUCAAAAUAAUACAAAACUGGCUUCCGGAAAUGAUACUGCCUCCAAUCAAACAAUGCAGUCUAAUAACACUACUGCAGCAGGUAAAACAUCUCAAAGCACUGAGCAAGAGAACCAAACGAGCCCUCCCCAAAGCACCAACAGCCUGAGUACGGUUUCAGAAAAUGCAUCUUUUAAAACUGAAGCAUCUACAGACAAGACAACAGUUGGAAACUCAAGUACGGCUUCAGAUCCUACACCUACUCCAGCUGGAGCAAUUACAGCUAACACAACUGCUGGAAACUCUAGUACGGACUCAGGAAUCACACCUAGUAAAGCUGAAACAACUACAGCUAACACAACUUCUGGAAACUCUAGUACGGACUCAGGAAUCACACCUAGUAAAGCUGAAACAACUACAGCUACCACAACUUCUGGAAAAUCUAGUACGGACUCAGGAAUCACACCUAGUAAAGCCGAAACAACUACAGCUAACACAACUUCUGGAAACUCUAAUCCUCAGGCUGGUGCAUUAGCUUCAAGUAUUGAUAAGAGAUAUUUUUGGCUUUUCUUGCUUUUGGGGGCUGUCGUGGGACUGCUUAUUUACAUGAAGCUCAAGUGUUUUAAGGUUCAGCAUCCAGUUGAGACCAUGGACCAUGGAACAGAGAAUGCUUCGUUCCAAAGGACAGAAAGUAACAAAGAUGGGGUCAUGCUUUUGGGAGUCAAAUCAGGAGGCGAGGAGAAUGCAAAAUAAGCAGACAGGUGAAGUAACAGACGCCAAACUGUCGAAGGAUUAAAAUGACAAACUUCAGUGGCCUUCCAUUAGAUUAAAAAUGAAAUGAAAUGAAAUGUUUUACACCAAAUGUAUGUCUAUGGAUACUGUUGGUAAAUAUAAUAGAUUUCAACAAUGACUACUGAAUAAAUAAUGUUUUUUAAUGUUAUUGAGAUGCUGGAAAUUUACUUCUGUACAUAAAGUUCUAUAUAUACAGGUGCCAGUUUGUAAUACAUUUUCAUUAAACAAAAAGAAAGGUCAUUUGAAAGCUGAAGAAAUUUUUAUUAUCAAAUAUGUUACUGUAAAACUAUUUACAAAAUGUUAAGAGAAAAACUAUUUCUUGUACAUCGAAGAAAAGUGUUACUCUGUUUUUAUCCUCACUCCAUAGAGAACAAUAAAUGAAUUCUUGUUUUAUCACUUUUAUCACUAUUUCUUCUAUUCAUGAUAACAAGUAUUCUCUGCAUUCCCAAAUAACAAUGUCUACAGCGUUAUAAUAUUAUAAUCUGUUACAGUGUUACAAUUAUUUCUUCUACAAUCUGUUUUAAAAAGUAGCAUUUUUUUCACAAAGUACUUGUAAAUAUAAACUUACACCUUACACCCACACUUUUACUCUUCUGUUUUAAUAAUAGAAAUGUUCUUAAGCUUUGUGCAUUGUGUUUUGUGUGUGUAUUUUUAUUCAAUUGGAGUUCAAUAAAUAGAAUUUGUGCCAA